AUGGACCCACGUACCUUUAACGGUUUGGAAGAGGACGACUAUCUGCACAAUCCAGAGCCGAGGAAAGAGCGCAUAAACAGUAGCGGACACAUCUUCACGGGACGCGGUCUCGUCAAUCUGGGGUGUCUGCUUAUUCUCGUCGGAAGCAUUGUGGUACUAUUUUGCGGGUACCCCAUCAUCUCAUGGCUCAACAAACCACAGCAGUCGUAUCUGAAUGGAUUCGGCUUGGGGGGCACCAAUCGUACCGGACAAGUUCCGGACAUUCCUGGGAUCCGCGGCCUCAUCGAUCGCGACACCCCGCAGGAGGUGCGGACGAAGAGCGACUAUGUGACCGGCAAGAAGUGGCAGCUCGUCUUCAGCGACGAGUUCAACACCGAGGGGCGCUUUUUCUACCCUGGGGACGACCCGUACUGGGAAGCGGUCGACCUGCACUACUGGGCCACGGGGAACAAGGAGUGGUACGACCCGAAGGCGAUCACGACACGCAACGGUUCGCUGGAGAUACAACUGUCGAACCAAACGAACCACGGCCUCAACUAUACGGGCGGCAUGCUCCAGUCCUGGAACAAGUUCUGCUUCACGGGUGGCUUGGUGGAAGCGAGCGUCAUGCUUCCUGGGUACAACAACGUGCGCGGGCUCUGGCCGGCUAUAUGGGCUAUGGGCAAUCUGGGGCGCGCAGGUUAUGGCGCAUCGCUCGAUGGUAUGUGGCCCUACAGCUACGAUGCGUGCGAUGUCGGGACGGUGAACAACCAGACGAUUGGGCAAGAGCCCGCCGCAGCGCUCGAAGGCAACGACCCCUACAACAACGGUGCGCUCUCGUUCCAGCCCGGCCAGCGGCUGUCGCGCUGCACCUGUCCCGGCGAAUCUCAUCUCGGCCCUCUUCACGAUAAUGGGGAGUAUGUUGGUCGCUCCGCUCCCGAGAUCGAUAUGUUCGAAGCCCAGGUAUUCGGUGACAGAGUCGCGGGAGUCUCUCAGUCUUGUCAAUGGGCGCCAAUGAACUGGAAGUAUCAAACCGAUGGCACGUAUGAUACAGCAGAUCCUACCCUGAGUCGUAACAACUCGUACUCGGGAGGAGUGUACCAGCAAGCCACGUCUGUAGUCACCGCUACUGAUCAGACGGCCUUCGAGUUCAGCGGCGGAAAUUAUGCGUUGUACGGCUUCCAGUACAAGCCUGGUUUCGGUGACGCGUAUAUCUCCUGGGUAGCCAAUGGGAAGACUUCAUGGACUCUCCAUCAAUCGUUGUUGGGGCCUGAUCCAGUUGUCGGAAUCAGUGAUCGAGCUAUACCCCAAGAACCAAUGUACCUCAUCAUGAAUCUGGGCAUGUCUAGUGGGUUCGGCGAGAUCGAAUUCGACAAGUUGACGUUUCCGUCAACGAUGCGCGUCGACUGGAUCAGGGUCUAUCAGGAUCCGAAUGCGAUUAACAUCGGAUGCGACCCCUCUGCUUUCCCAACCUCCGCGUACAUCUCCCAGUACCAGGAAGCGUAUGCAAACCCAGAUCUAACGACAUGGGUCGACGACUACAAGCAGGUGUUUCCGAAGAACAAGCUCUUGGAGCAGUGUUAA